AUGGAUCAAGUUGCUAACAAGAAAGACAACGAUUCACUUUCCAGCAACAGUUCAGCAAUAUCACGCAAUUUGAUCAGCAGCUUCGAAGCUACCGCAAUUUAUCCAUGGAACAAAGAUAGAGUGUUAAACAAGUUGCCACGUGAUGAGAUUGAAGUGGAUGCUCCAGUCAGAGAUGUUUUGGUGUCUUAUUUAAAAGACCAACGGUAUGGUAGUGAAGCUGUGCCAGCAAAGAAAAAAAAGACUAGAUUACACGUUCAACCUGGUAAAAGCGUGGCUACAAUUGAUUCUGAAGAAUCAGAACAAGAUGAAGUUGAGGACAGAGCCGAACAAGAGACUAUAGAUGACGACAAGGACGAAGAAGUCCAAUCAAUACAUUUGGAUGUCGAAAAAGCGGGGCCAUCAAAUGAGAAUGCAUAUGACUCCGAAAGUGACGCCGAUCAAUGUGAAGGUCCAGAAGUUGGGAAUUUUAUUCUUGCAAAAUUUCAGUCUACAAAGGGAAAAAAGACAUACAAGUAUGUUUGUAUGAUAGAAGACGUUAGUGAGAAUAAAAUCGUCGUCAAAGGUUUGAAAUCCGUUAAAAAAGAUAAAAAGAAAUUUCGCGUUGUUGAGGAUGAUAUAUCAAUAAUUGAAGAAACAGAUGUAAUUAUGUAUCUUCCACAGCCUGAAUUAGAACGAAGUGUUUAUGUUUUUCCCUCAGAUAUUAAUGUUGUAGAAUUAUAA